AUGACAAUCACGAUCCCAGACGACGUGCGGGAGCUGGUGCAAGCCAAGUAUGAGGCUGCGGUAGCGAGCGGCCAUGUGCAAUUCACCGAGACGACGCAAACGGCGGUCCGGGACGAAGCUAGCGGGAUGCAAUACGUGGUGUCGUACGCGCCCUCUCUGCAGCAGAAGCCGGAACGCGGGUCGGAGGAGCUCAAGGAGGACCCAUUUGCGAAGGCGGAGCCAGAGCUGACGGUGCUGGAGAACGUGGGCCCGCACCGGUUGGUACUGAACAAGUUCCCCGUCACCCCGGGACACGCGCUGCUGGUGACGCGCGAGUACGCGGCGCAGACGGCGCCGCUGCAGCCGGAGGACCUCGAGACGGCGUACGCGCUGGUGCGGGACAUGGACGACGAGGCGGGCGGCGUGCGCCACAUGGUCUUCUUCAACUGCGGCGCGAACAGCGGCUCGUCCGUGGACCACAAGCACCUGCAACUGCUUCGCCUGCCGGCCCACUUCUCGCCAUUCCAGGACCGGCUCUGCGCCGGCGAGGCGCACUUCACGCCCGGGCCCAACCGCGAGCCGCUGCAGGAUGCGCACGUGCCAUUCGCGCACUUUGUGAUCCCGCUGCCGCGCGAGCGCGCUGCCGUCGACGGCGAGCUGCUGGCGAUGACCUACGCUGCGCUGCUGCAGCGUGUCCUGACCUUUUUCCAGAACUGGACCGACGCCAAGCCAACGCUCCGCCCCGCCUACAACAUUCUACUGACCGCUCGCUGGCUCUGUGCUGUGCCUCGUUCGCGUGCUACGUGCGAGAGCGCCCGCAUCGGCUUCAAUGCCACCGGCUAUGCCGGCCUGGUGCUCGUCAAGUGGCCCGACGUCCACGAGGAGAUCCUCGCGGCCCCGGAGCGCCUGGCACAGCUGCUGCUCGAGUGCGGGUUCCCGAACACGGCGGGCAACAAGCCGGACGAGUACGACUACUGA